AUGGGGCCCCGAGCAAGGACACUCCACCUGCUGCUUCUCCUGCUACACGCUCUGACAAAGCCAGUCGAGCUGAUAGAGAACUCCGACUUCCACCUGGCUGGGGACUACCUCCUGGGUGGCCUCUUUUCCCUCCAUGCCAACGUGAAGAGCAUCUCUCACCUCAGCUACCUGCAGGUGCCGAGGUGCAACGAGUUCGAACUGAAGGUGCUGGGCUACAACCUCAUGCAGGCCAUGCGCUUUGCCGUGGAGGAGAUCAACAACUGCAGCAGUCUCCUGCCAGGCGUGCUGCUUGGCUACGAGAUGGUGGACGUGUGCUACCUCUCCAACAACAUCCAUCCUGGGCUCUACUUCCUGGCGCAGAAAGACGACUUAUUCCCCAUCCUCAAAGACUACAGCACCUACACUCCCCACGUGGUGGCCGUCAUUGGCCCAGACAACUCUGAGUCUGCCAUCACCAUGUCCAACAUCCUCUCCCAUUUCCUCAUGCCACAGAUCACGUACAGUGCCAUCUCAGACAAGCUGCGGAACAAGCGGCGCUUCCCUGCUAUGCUGCGCACGGUGCCCAGUGCCACUCACCACGUUGAGGCCAUGGUGCAGCUGAUGAUCCUCUUCCGCUGGAACUGGAUUGUGGUCCUGGCGAGCAACGAUGACUACGGCCGGGAGAACAGCCAGCUGUUGACCCAGCGUCUCAUCAACGCGGGGGAGAUCUGCAUUGCCUUCCAGGAGGUUAUUCCCGUACCCGAACCCAGCCAGGUCUUGGGGCCUGAGGAUCAGACCCAACUGAACAACAUCCUUGAGAAGCUGCGGUCGACCACAGCACGUGUGGUGGUGGUGUUCUCGCCAGAGCUGGCCCUGAACAUCUUCUUCCAGGAGGUGCUGCGGUGGAACAUCACCGGCCUUGUGUGGAUUGCAUCCGAGUCCUGGUCUAUUGACCCAAUUCUGCACAACCUCACAGAGCUGCGUCACACGGGCACUUUCCUGGGCAUCACCAUUCAGAAGGUGUCCAUCCCUGGCUUCAGCAAAUUCCGAGUGCGCCAUACCAAGCCAGAACUUCCCAUGUCCAACAAGACCAACCCACGGGCCACCUGCAACCAGGACUGUGAUGCCUGCUUGAACGUCACCGAGGCCUACAACAACACUCUUGUGCUUUCGGGGGAGCGCGUGGUCUACGGUGUGUACGCGGCCGUCUAUGCGGUGGCCCACGCCCUGCACAGAUUCCUGCACUGCAACCAGGUCCACUGCACCAAGGCAACGGUCUACCCGUGGAAGCUACUCAGGGAGAUCUGGAACGUCAACUUCACCCUCCUGGGCAACCGUCUCUUCUUCGACGACCACGGGGACAUGCCCAUGCUCUUGGACGUCAUCCAGUGGCGGUGGGAAGAAGGCCAGAAUCCCUUCGAAAGCGUUGCCUUCUACUCCCCCACCCAGAAGAGACUGACCUACAUCAACAAUGUGUCCUGGCACACUGCCAACAACACGAUCCCAGUGUCCAUGUGUUCCAAGACCUGCCAUCCUGGGCAGAGGAAAAAGCCCGUGGGUCUCCACCCCUGCUGCUUUGAGUGUAUGGACUGCCCACCGGGCACCUACCUCAACUUCACAGAUGAGUUUAACUGUUUGCCAUGCCCGGGUUCCAUGUGGUCCCACAAGAAUGACAUUGCUUGCUUCAAGCGACGGCUGUCCUUCCUGGAGUGGAACGAGGUGCCCACCAUCGUGGUGACCAUACUGGCCGCCGUGGGCUUCUUCAGCACGCUGGCCAUCCUGCUCGUCUUCUGGAGACAUUUCCAGACACCCAUGGUGCGCUCCGCUGGGGGCGCCAUGUGCUUCCUGAUGCUGGUGCCGCUGCUGCUGGCGUUUGUGAUGGUGCCUGUGUACGUGGGACCGCCCACGGUCCUCACGUGUCUCUGCCGCCAGGCUUUCUUCACUGUCUGCUUUUCCAUCUGCCUGUCCUGCAUCGCGGUGCGCUCCUUCCAGAUCGUGUGUGUCUUCAAGAUGGCCAGACGCCUGCCACGGGCCUAUGGCUUCUGGGUGCGUUACCGUGGGCCUUAUGUCUUUGUGGCCUCCAUCACGGCCAUCAAGGUGGCCCUGGUGGCGAGCAACAUGCUGACCACCACCAUCAACCCCAUUGGUCGGACCGACCCCGAAGACCCUAACAUCAUGAUCCUCUCCUGCCACCCUAAUUACCGCAACGGGCUACUGUUCAACACCAGCAUGGACCUGCUGCUGUCGGUGAUGGGAUUCAGCUUUGCUUACAUGGGCAAGGAAUUGCCCACCAACUAUAAUGAGGCUAAGUUCAUCACUCUUAGCAUGACCUUCUCCUUCACCUCCUCCAUCUCCCUCUGCACUUUCAUGUCCGUCCAUGAUGGCGUGCUGGUCACUAUCAUGGACCUCCUGGUCACUGUGCUCAACUUCCUGGCCAUCAGCUUGGGAUACUUUGGCCCCAAGUGUUACAUGAUCCUUUUCUACCCAGAGCGCAACACUCCAGCUUACUUCAAUAGCAUGAUCCAGGGCUACACCAUGAGGAAGAACUAG